AUGUCUCUCCCUCCUCUCUCUCCCAGGGUUCUCGCCCGCAGCCUCCGUGGCACGGUGUCCGGACUGCGCAGGUCGUUCGCGACGCCCACCUCCCUUCCCGAGAAGGACUGCACGUCCAUUACGCCUCCAUACCCCAAGCUGCUCAAGAACCUUGCCACCGUCCGCGAUAUCCUCGGGAACCGGCCCCUGACUCUGGCGGAGAAGAUCCUCUACAGCCACAUCCACGACCCGGAGCGCACCGUCGCGAAUGGCAUCAGCCGCGGGGAGACCUACCUGCAGCUCAGCCCGGAGCGCGUCGCGAUGCAGGACGCGUCGGCGCAGAUGGCACUGCUGCAGUUUAUGAGUGCGGGGAUGUCAAGAUGUGCGGUGCCCGCGAGCAUCCACUGUGACCAUCUCAUACAGGCCUCGGAGGGUGCUGAGAAGGAUUUGGAGCGGUCAAUUGUCACGAACCAAGAGGUCUUUGACUUCCUUGAGAGCGCGGCGCGCAAGUACGGCAUCGAGUUCUGGAAACCAGGCUCGGGCAUUAUCCACCAGAUUGUACUGGAGAACUACGCUGCGCCGGGUAUGCUCAUGUGCGUAUUUGCAGAUUCUCAUACGCCGAACGCCGGUGGACUGGGAAUGCUUGCAAUUGGCGUGGGCGGCGCGGAUGCUGUCGACGCCCUGACCGGCACCCCCUGGGAGUUGAAGGCCCCCAAGAUCAUUGGUGUGCGGCUUACGGGAGAGAUGAAUGGAUGGGCUACGCCCAAGGACCUCAUCCUUCAUUUGGCUGGCAAGCUCACAGUUAGGGGCGGCACUGGAUCCAUUUUGGAGUACUUCGGUCCUGGAGUGGCCAGCCAAUCGUGCACAGGUUUGGCUACCGUGGCCAAUAUGGGUGCCGAGGUUGGCGCGACGACUUCUACAUUCCCUUAUUCCCAGCGCAUGCGUUCAUACCUCCAAGCUACCGGUCGCGCACCUGUCGCACAAGCAGUGGACCAAGCAGCAGCCCACGGUUACUUGGCUGCUGACCAGGGUGCCGAAUACGAUGAGGUUAUCGAAGUUAACCUGUCUGAACUGGAGCCCACCAUCAAUGGACCUUUCACUCCUGAUCUUGCCACUCCGCUGUCUAAGUUCGGUUCUUUCGUGAAGGACCAAGGCUGGAAGGACGAACUUUCUGCCGCCCUCAUCGGAUCAUGCACAAACAGUUCGUACGAAGACAUGACCAGUGUUGCGGAUCUUGCUAGACAAGCUAAACAAGCCGGGCUGAAGACGCAAAUCCCCUUCCUUUGCACACCCGGUUCCGAGCAAAUCCGUGCGACGAUCGAGCGUGACCAAAUCACCAGUCAGCUCGAGGACGUCGGAGCGACCGUUCUGGCCAACGCGUGUGGGCCUUGUAUCGGCCAAUGGAAGCGUGAAGACAAGCAGGGCGAAGAGAAUGCCAUUCUCACAUCCUUCAACCGCAACUUCAAGUCCCGUAAUGAUGGCAACCGGCUGACGAUGAACUUCCUGGCUUCACCGACGGUCGUCACCGCGAUGGCAUUCUCCGGCAAGCUCUCGUUCAAUCCUAUGACGGACUUCAUCCCUCUCCCCAAUGGUCAAGCUUUCCGUUUCUCACCCCCGCAUGGACAGGAUUUGCCCGAGGCAGGCUUCACUCCCGGAGAGACGCGCUACUACCCGACGCCGACGCCUGAGCCCCAGCCUGAGACCGAAGUCGUGAUCCGUCCUGAUUCGCAGCGGCUGGAGAUUCUCGAGCCGUUCUCGAGCCACUUUGGCGAAGGCUCUGGGAACGCACGUGAACUGGAGCUCCCUGCUCUCAAGGUGCUGAUGCGUGUGCGGGGCAAGUGCACCACGGAUCACAUCUCUGCUGCCGGCCCAUGGCUCAAGUACAAAGGCCAUCUCACUAACAUCUCCGAGAAUCUCCUUAUCACGGCUGUAAAUGAUGAGGGGGGCGAGGUUAACAUUGCUUUCGACCACGAUCAUUCUCCUUCUGAAUCCGAGACUGCUACUAUCCCUGCGGUGGCUAAGCGUUUCAAGGCGCGUCAGCAACCUUGGGCUCUCGUUGUCGACGACAAUUAUGGCGAAGGCAGUGCCCGCGAGCAUGCCGCCCUCCAACCCCGGUUCUAUGGUUGCGCUAUGAUCGUCGCACGCUCUUUCGCCCGCAUCCACGAGACCAACCUGAAGAAACAAGGCGUUCUCCCUCUCUGGUUCGCCGACAAGGCAGACUACGACCGUAUCGGCUCUGGUGACGUGGUUGAAACCGUUGGCUUUUCGGACCUCCUCGAGGGCAUGCCGGACGCGAACAUUCGCCUACGUGUGACUCGCAAGGGCGGUGAAACUUUCGAGGUGCUGGUGAAGCACACGAUGUCCACCGACCAGCUCAAGUGGCUCCGCGCGGGCUCUGCACUCAACUAUAUUCGCUCGCAAAUCGCGGCGGGUGCUCAGUGA